AUUUUCGUUAUUUUGUAAGUUUUAUCGGAUAUCCAACUCGUGUGAAAUCUGGGCGUACGUGAGAUUCGCAACUUGAGAGUAGUAGUUGUACGCGGUUGCAGACAGAGAAGAGAGAUGUAGUUGGAUCAUUGUUUUUCUGGAUACUGUUUUGUUUCAAGAAAAAAAUAACAUUACACCAGACAAAAUGUUUUUAUCCUGUGAGCAAUUUCAUUGUAGUGAUUUUGACAGCAACACAGUUGUUAAGUGGAAAUUAAUUGCAAUUUAAUGACAUAAUUAAAUUUAACUACUAACAGUAACAUUUCAUGCAGUGGUUAUUAAAAAUGUUUUGGUGUGACUUCCAUUAUAACUUUGUAUUUGGAUAUUUAUUCAAUGUUUUUCAUUGAGUAUUACAACAUUUGACACAUGUUUUGGUUUUAUUUUCUCGUUUCAAAUUUCCAAUGUAAUAAGGAAAUUUGUCAGAUUCAGUUGUCGUGUUUUUGUCAUUGCAAAACAUGAGUUCAUUUGAACAUCAUGCCACAGUUGACAACAAAGGGUUGAAAAUGAAAAUUAAACGUAAAAAUGUUAAUGUAGAUAAAACUGAAAAGCAGAAAAAAGAUAUAUCUACAAAAUCUGAUUUAAAAAGUGAUUCAUGUAAAGACCAGACUGAAACUACUGGCCAGAGUGCAAAUGGAAUGUUCACUGAAAAAGCUGGUAAAUUGUCUCUAUUCAGUGAUAAAGAAAAGUCACCAAAGUCCAAGUCAUCGGCAAACAAAAAGGAUAAAAGCAAGGGGACAACGAAGGGCGAAUUGUCGACUCAAGGGCCUUCCAGUUUAAAUGGAAUAGACAACUCGUUCAACCAGUCAGCCAAAUCCAUGGAACCUAAACUGGGUGAAACAGCAAUGGGGAAAAAGGAUUGUAUGCCAGAUCCUUAUGAAUUUAAUGCCAAAGUUGAAGAUGACAUCUCUAUGCCUAUAAAAAAGAUGAAAGUGGACAAAGAAAAGGUCGAGAUGGCAAGUUCCCACAUGUCAGUGACCCCAGGCACUAGCCAGGACGCCUCCACGUCCACGAGGGAUGCUGCCGUGGUGACGGACCCAGACUGCCUCGGCCCCUGUGAGCCUGGAACCAACGUGACCCUCGAGGGCAUCGUAUGGCACGAGUCAGAAAAUGGUGUGUUGGUGGUAAACGUUACGUGGCGUGGCAAGACAUAUGUGGGUACCCUGCUGGACGCCACGCGGCACGACUGGGCACCACCCAGGUUCAACAAUGAAUCCCCGACCUCAGAGCUGGAGUCAAGGACACCCAAAGGUCGUGGAAAGCGCCGAGGUGCGGCUAACACUCCUGUCCAGGACACCAGGACACUCCGGAAGGGCCGCAGAGGCAGCAGUGCACAAACAUUCACUGCCCCUCCUAGCCCUGCCAAGUCAGAAUCUUCUGUUGGUGGGCUGAAAAGGAAGGGCCGCCCACAAGAUAUUGACUUAUCAGUAGCAGAACAGAGGUCUUCAAAGAGAAGCAGAUCAGGGUCACAAGCCCCGGGGUCACAAGCCCCGACUCCUAAUGCUGAAACACCACCAACUGAUGCUAAUGGAUACAUUGAGUGCCCAGAACCAAACUGCAACAAAAAAUAUAAAAACAUUAAUGGUUUGAAAUACCAUCAGUCACAUGCUCAUUCCGGUAAUGGAGCACCAACUGAGGAUGCCAAGGAAGAUAUGGAAUGUGAGGAUAUUCCUCUUAGUGUGGUCAAAAACUCUGUGAAGAAAGAAAAGGAAUUUAAGAAGGAGAGCAAUAGCAAGAAAGACAAGGAUAAAUCAGAUUCAAAUGACCGAAAAACUGAUAAGUCUGACCAGGCUUCCAACAAGAAAAGUGAUAAGGAAGAUAAUGUGCAAGGUAAUGACACAAAAGACAGCGGAAAUAAGAAUGAUUCAAAGAGUGAUAAUACCAGUGUUAGUAAAAAGAAAGACAAAGAAUCAAGUAAGGGUUCAAAAACUCAAAAUGAAAAUGCAGCAAAUAAGGCACAAAGUAAUGGACCAAAAUCAAGUGGAAAUAGUAGUAAUACUAAUUCUGGAUUACCAGUGUCUAGUCAACCUUCUCCAAACUCUGUGCAAAAUGUAGCUAGUCAAUCUUCACCUCUAUCUUCAUCACAGUCUUCAGCAGCAUUAACCCAGUCAUCUUCCUUAAAUGCCAUAGCAACAGUAUCUCAGGGCGACACUAACACUGUUACGAGUAAGCCCCUUGUGGAUAUAAAACCCAAAAUUACAAUUGACUCAGGAAGAGUGAGCAAACCCAAUCGCCCAAUAGUGCCUGCUCCACCGCAUACAGUAUUGUCAAACGUGCAAGUGACCCACUCCAGCCUCACUCCGGUCAUGUCGCACACUCAAAUGUCCCCUCAGUUAAAGCCAAUUCAGCCUAAACCUACCAUCAUGGGUGAACCACAAAAUGUAAACCCAGCUUUAGUAGACUUGAACAAAGACAGAAAAAAGUCACAAAAGAAAAAGACAAAGGAUGGUAACAAUGGUCAGAAUGGGGCGCAAAGUAGGCCUGAACAACCCACUAUAAAGAUAGACAGAACAGGUGUGAUUAAACCAAAUCCAAUGCCAAUUAAAGGGCAAACUGAACAACAGAGAAAAGAUUUGUCUAAAGAUGGGUCUCGACCAAUUGAUGCACAUAGAUCUCACAAUAUGACUACACAUGGACAUAAACUAGGGGACAUGCAUGCAAGGCAAAGUCAAAAUCCUAACCUGCUGAAGGUCAACUCGCCUCUUCAGGUGAAUACCCCAGACAAGGUGCCAGUGUCAGAUGAUGUUCAGAGUCCAGCAUAUUCUGAUAUCUCGGAUGCCAAUGAGUCUGCCUCCCCAGUUGCUCCCUCAGACACAAGUCCGCAGAAACAAAAAGAGGAUGUGGCACCUAGUAAGAAAGAGGAGAAGGCCAAGCAACCCAUCCUUAACACAACUGAAGGCCAGAUGACGCCUCAUUAUGGCAUGUAUAAUUGUUAUGGACAGAGUCCUUAUGGCAUGAACAAUAUGUCUCCUGGCCAGAAGGUGCCAAAUUCCCAGAGUAACACGCCAAGCUCUGCACCUCAACAUGUUAGCCAACGGCUUGACCAAUCAAAAGCUCCCAAGCUCACUCCAAACAAAGAAAAACAGCCGGAAGACUCUGGGAAGGGAGAGAGGAAAGUUGAUGGAGACAAGGACGGGAACCGGCCAAAGGGCCCAGCCCCUCCCCCUCAGCACAUGUCCGGCCCCCCACCCGGCAACAUGACACCCCAGCAGAUGCACGAGUACCAGAUGAUGUACCAGCAAAACCUCAUGUACAUCCAGUCUCUCCCCCAGCAUGUUCAAUACCAGUACAUGGCCAAUGGCUGGUACCCACAACCUAUGGACCAGAACUACAUGAGAAUGAUGGAGGAGCAGCGGAGAGUACAAGGUGACCAGUCUAGGAGUGAGAGAGAUGGUACACCCAGUGCGGGGAAAGGCCAGGGUCCAGAAAGGGAACAGAGUAGGGGUCCAGAGGGAGCUAAGGCUCAGAAUAUAGGGCCAGGAGGUAGAAAAGAUGAAGGACUGAAUAUUCCAAAACCUAUGAUCUCACCCAACCAAGGCAAUGUGCAAGAGAGAAAUGAUAGUGCAAAGUCCAGUGAUGAUAAGAAAAAAGAUCAAGCUUUAAGAGAGAAGCAGAAUGAAAACCAUCAGAUUUUAAAAGAAAACAUAGAUAUUAAGAAUGAAAUGGACAAGAGACAAGACUAUGAACGAAUUAGGGCAGAAGAAAUGAGGAGGCAUAAAAUGUAUCAAGAGCAAAAAAUGAUCGAAGAAAGAAAGAAAAUGGAUUUAGCUAGAAAAGGUGAGGGAAGUAGGCCUGAAAACUUGACAACUAAGGCUCCUGGUACUAAACCCAUAGUUGACAAUACUAGAAAUGUUCUUAAUUCUUGUAGGCCUGGAAGUGAUAUGAAAAAAGACAGUACUGUUAGUAGAGACAUUAACAAUACAGACAAAGUGAAAGACUCUCGUGAUUCAAGGGAUUCUAGUUCAGGAAAGUAUUCAGACAAUCGACAAACAGAUGAAAAGUCAAGGACACCUGUACCAGACAAACACAGGUCAGAGACACCAACAAGAAAUCCAGAAAUGAAGCGACCUGGUGGCAGCAGUUCAAAGUCUGGUAGUCCUUGUUCAUCUGUUGGUUCCUCUAGUAUUCCAGGGUCCCCAAACUACAGCCCAUAUUCCUCCUACCAAUACAUGCAGAACCCGCAUGGAUACAUGGGUAUGGACCCGAUGUAUCGCAAUCAUAAUGUGAACCCAGCGUUGAUAGGCAACUUUCCUGGUAAUCAGUACAUUCACCCAUCUCAGAUGGGGUACAGACCUGGAGAGGGUGAUGAGAAAGAGGGGAAAGAAAGAAUUGUUCAGAAACCAGGUCCACCACUAAGUGAGAGUGAUGUGAAGAAGGGUGGGAGUGAUAAUGGACCAUAUUACAGCAACAUGCACAAAAUCCAUGAACUGUCUGAGAAGGGACGUCCUAAAUCUAGGAAUUCCUCUCCUGGGCCUAUAAAAUCGGUUGCUGGGGAUGUAACGACAAGUGUGUAUGAUAAACACCGGGAUUUUACUAACUCUCCGCCCACCCAGCGGCAUGUGCACACACACCACCAUACACACGUUCUGCAACCUGGGCCAGGGCUCCAGACAGGGGCCCCGCUCCAGGGACCUCCGGGCUUCUCACCUGUAUAUGACCCCUACAGUGCAAUGUUUGUGGGCCAGGCCCAGUCCCCCCACCAUUAUCCACCAAAGUGAUGUGCCGUACGGAGACUGACCCCCGGGGCGGAGUGAAUUGGGGAGGUUCCGAACGCCUGAGUGUCACAGGGAGAUCAAACCCUGCAGGGCUGAGGGAAGCUGCGAGCUUAGGAUUGCCCACGGGAUUAAUGCAACAAUGCUGGACAUAAACAGUUGUUACAUCCCACUGAAAGUGUGAACUGGGCAACAUGUGAAAAGACAAGACCCACAGAGUAUCCAUCCAUUAUGAUGGAGAUAAUAUAGGAUCAAAUGUUUUCUAAAAGUGUUGGAAUUUUAAAUGGCUUUGUUGUAAUGUACAUUGUAUGCAGAUGAACGUGAAGACGUUGUUUUAACAGAAAGCUUGUUGUGGCAUUCACUUGUGGUACUGUAAACAAAUAAUAGUUACAUGCUGUAAAGCUGCAUAAAUGAGUGUGAUUAUCGAGAAAGAGACAAGAUGAAUGUUUGAGGGUAAUUUCUCGUUGAAGCAGACCAAAACUCCAGCAAGUUGUUAAUGUGUAUGGCAGCACAUGGAAACACUCCACUAGCUGUAGAUAAUGCUUCACUCGCUGCCAUUCCCCAAGUGUUUGUUAGCAACAUAGAUGUUUUAGUAGACUGUGAGUCUGUUGGCUAUAUGUGCUAUUACAUUAUUAAACAACAUAGUAAUUAACUAAUUAUGAUUAUAUUUCAUGUAAAUAGUGUACAGGAAAACUUAGAGUGUGACACAAUGACACUGCCGCAGUUAUUACUGUGUAAAGACUGCACUUAGAUAUAUACAUCUUGUAUUCAACAAUUGUGAUAAUGUCCUCUCCCAUCUCCCCCUGUGUAGAUUUAUGAGUAGGAUAUAAAAUGUGUUCUGUACUGACUGGGCUAAUUGAAUAGUUUAAAGCAUCUACAGCCUGACAGUUCAUUCUUUGACACUCAAUAAUAUGUUAACUAGCUAAUUUCUUUUGAUAUAGAUAUGUAAAUACUUGAGAUCACUUCAUGUUGCUUGCAAUGUUUUGUCUACAUAAAUAAUUACGCAUCACGAAGUAUGACAUUGAUUGUUAAUGUAAAGCUAGUUUUCCCUAGGCAAUAUACAAGUGACUGAGCUAACAUCAUUUUUUAUGAGAAUUUAAGAAUAGAAAAGGAGAACAAUUAUCUGUGAUCAAGAUAGUUCCUAUCCCAUGAAGAGUGAAUUCAAGCAAGAUGCUGUCACUGCUGUCUGGAGGUUUUAAUGUUAUUACUCAUAUAGAAGGCUUAUAUUUGUAGGGUUAUAGAUGUAAAUGUUGCUUACAAAUCAUGUUCACAUAGCUGGAUGAAGUGAUAAUCAAACUAUUGUUCAUAUUAAACAGAAAUGCAGUUCUACUUUAGUUCUUUAAAAAAAUAAUAAUACCAAAAUAGGUCAGUUAAUUGUGACUUUCCUACAAUAGUGAUAACUUGUGAAUAGUCUUAAAAAGCUCUUUCUAUAGCAAAUCAGUGCUCUUUGUUGUAUUGCCUGCUAAAAUGAUAUUCUGUUUACUGAUAAUAUCUAGAUGGCUGGACUAUUAAUGGAAAUGCAAUUUGUUCAAUCCCCCAUACAAUUUGAUAGGGAUUAUUUACAUUCAAAUUAUCUGUGUUUAUAUGCCUACUUGGAAUCAGAUCAAUCGUGUUUGCAUGUGAUAUUAAGCCUUUGAAAAAUGUGUUCUUCGUAUUAAAUGGAAGGUAUAUAUGUACUAAAUGACUUGUUUGUAGGUAAAUGUGUGUGAUAAUAUGUUCGAGUUCUGGCAGGCUAUUUCUCCAGUAGGUUGAACAUGGCUCGUAUCCUCAUGCAAGCAUAUAGUCCUGCCAUCACCUCUCGCACUUGUUUGUAUUAUAUGCCCCAUACUAUUAUUGUUGCAUUAUUUUCUUUAAACUGAAAUGAGUAGCAAUAAAUAUUUAACUGGUU